AUGGACCGUUCGACGGGCUACGGAUCUCUCGCUAUCAACGCUCAUUUGUUCAAAGACGUCACCUUCCAUGCUAAUUACACGAGACCUGGAUGGUACAGUGGUCCUGCUGUCACCGUUGGCGCUGGAAUUCAGGGUCGUGAGCUGUCGAGGCUGGGGAAUCAGCAGAAUCCCCCGGUGGCCGUCGUGACUGGAGAGUGCCCGACCGUCGGCUUCGCUGGUGAUUAUAUUCAAGGUGGAGGACACGGCCCUCUGGCUUCGUACUACGGAAUGGCUGCUGACCAAGCCUUCUCGUUCGAGGUCAUCACUGCGGACGGCGAGUAUCGCACCGCCAACGUCGUCGAGAAUCCCGACCUCUUCUGGGCCCUACGAGGUGGUGGACCAUCCACCUUCGCCGCCAUCGUUUCCGCCACUGUCAACACCUUCGCCGAAAUCCCCAUGGCAGGCGUUAUCAUGCAGCUCAACACCUUUAACCAGGACACGUUCUGGAAGGGCUUCGCUGCCUUCCACAACCUCGCCAACCACUUCGUCAACAACGGCAGUUCGUCUCUUCACCAACCUUUCUACGACCAACUUCGAACUCUUGGAGUUCAGUAUAGCACGACGAUGAAACCGCCGGUGACACUCGCUCGUCGGAGGUUGCCUAUUCACCAAGCAGGAUAUCGCCCAGCACGGGAACCAGAUCGUCGACGCCAUUCGACGCGCAGGUGGAGGUAUCAUCGGGCACAUCGUUGGACCAGGCUUCGGGUCGACAACGCCGUCCACCCUGCCUGGCGUAACGGUUCCUCCUUCAGUAUCACCAACGUCAUGCUCCCCAACACCGCUGGCUCGCUCUCGCAGAUCCCCGCUGCUCAGCAACGUCUUACGAACGAGAUCGAUGGACCAAUUCGAGCUGCUAGUCCGUACGGUGCUGCGUAUGUGAAUGAGGGGAAUUUGGAGGAGCCGAAUUGGCAGGAGGCGUAUUGGGGGAGUAAUUAUCCAAGGCUGAAUGCGUUGAAGGAGGAGUGGGAUCCGCUAGGGGUGCUCUAUGCGAGGACGACGCCUGUAACGGAGCUUUGGGAGGUUAUUGAUUUUAAUAGGCGGUUGUGUAAGCGACGGGGCUGA